AGGUACUUAAAAAUGGAAAGAUACACGCUGGGCUCGCAGUACUUCUUCAUUCUUAGGCAACAGCGUAAUAAACUACAACGGAAAUUCGAGGAUUUUUCAAAUAAUGGAGUGAUUAGGUCUAACAACAUGAUUUACAUAGGUGUUACUUUAUGUUUAGUUUGUAGCAUCGAUAACAUGACUUUGAUUCCGAACAGAUAAGUGCAACAUUUCAAAACAACUUUUGUCGUGAUUAUCACUAAUUCAUAUUGAUAGAAACUGAGUGAAUUUAGCCUACAUCAUUAAUCACGUUAAUCAAUUUAUCGUGAAACAAACAAGUUCUCUUUAGUAUCGAUAGGUCGAUAGCUUAGUGUAGGCUAAACCAAUAUAUUGCCAACACUUAUUGGGCAAGAGGACAGGACGGUACGUCGACUUCAGUAGCUUACUCCUUUGGAGUCAAACUUCAGAAAAAGCUGGACAUAACUUUGGCAAAAUGAGUACCGAGAAAAGCAAGGUAGAGGAUGAGGCUGUCCUGGACCGAGGGGCGGCUUUCGUCAAGCACAUCUGUGACGCGGAGGAGGUCGAAGGCCACCACACGGUGUACAUCGGCGUGCACGUGCCCAAGAGCUACCACCGCAGGCGACGUCACCGACGCAAGUCUGGCCACAAGGAAAAGAGGGAGAGGGUGGAGCUGAAUGUGGAGGGCGGAGACAAGUCGGACGGCGAGAAUGCAGACGAGGCCUCCCCCAACAUCCUCAUGCCCCUCAUCUCCCCAGCUGCGGAGCGUAUCCGGUUCAUGCUGGGGGAGGAGGACGACGGGCCCACCCCCCCUCAGCUCUUCACCGAGCUGGACGAGCUGCUGGCUGUGGACGGACAGGAGAUGGAGUGGAAGGAGACCGCCAGGUGGAUCAAGUUUGAGGAGAAAGUGGAGGAAGGCGGAGAGCGUUGGAGCAAGCCCCACGUGGCCACCCUGUCCUUACACAGCCUGUUUGAACUGAAGAAGUGCAUCGAGAAGGGCACCAUCAUGCUGGACCUUGAGGCCUCCACCCUCCCGCAGGUGGUCGAGCUGAUAACUGACAACCAGAUAGAGAGCGGGCAGCUGAAGGCAGACCUGAAGGAGAAGGUGAUGUUCACGCUGCUGAGGAAGCACCGCCACCAGACCAAGAAGUCCAACCUGCGCUCCCUUGCCGACAUCGGCAAGACCGUGUCCAGUGCAAGUAGGCUGUUUUCCAACCAGGAGAAUGGUAGCCCCACCACCACCCACAGGAACCUUACCUCCAACAGUCUGAGCGACUUCUCCGACAAGCCAGAGAAGGACCAGCUGAAGAAUAAGUUCAUGAAGAAGCUCCCCCGCGACGCCGAGGCGUCCAACGUCCUGGUCGGCGAGGUGGACUUCCUGGACACGCCCUUUGUGGCGUUUGUGAGGUUGCAGCAGGCGGUGAUGCUGGGGGCUCUGACUGAGGUGCCCGUACCCACCAGGUUCCUCUUCGUUCUGCUGGGUCCUAAAGGCAAAGCCAAGUCCUACCAUGAGAUUGGAAGAGCCAUCGCCACACUGAUGUCAGACGAGGUGUUCCAUGACAUUGCCUACAAGGCUAAAGACAGACAGGACCUGCUGGCCGGCAUUGAGGAGUUCCUGGAUGAGGUCAUUGUUCUGCCCCCUGGGGAGUGGGACCCUGAUAUCAGGAUAGAGCCCCCCAAGUCCCUGCCCUCCUCAGACAAGAGGAAGAACAUGUAUGCUGGAGGUGAGGGGUUACAGAUGAACGGGGACACGCCACAUGACAGUGGUCAGGGUGGAGGCGGAGGGCACAGUGUUGGCGACGAGCUCAAAAACACUGGAAAGUUCUGCGGCGGCCUCAUUCUGGACAUCAAGCGGAAACUGCCCUUCUUCGCCAGCGAUUUCUACGACGGGUUGCACAUCCAGUCUCUGUCGGCCAUCUUGUUCAUCUACCUUGGGACCGUGACAAAUGCGAUCACGUUUGGAGGCUUAUUAGGAGACGCUACAGAUAACAUGCAGGGGGUGUUGGAGAGCUUUCUAGGCACAGCAGUGACGGGGGUAAUCUUCUGUUUGCUGGCUGGCCAACCCCUCACCAUCCUCAGCAGCACUGGCCCAGUUCUUGUCUUCGAAAGGCUCCUGUUUAACUUCAGCAAAGACAACGCCAUCGACUACCUGGAGUUCCGCCUGUGGAUCGGCCUGUGGUCGGGGUUCCUCUGCCUGGUCCUGGUGACCACGGACGCCAGCUUCCUGGUCCAGUACUUCACGCGCUUCACCGAGGAAGGCUUCUCGGCCCUGAUCAGCUUCAUCUUCAUCUACGACGCCUUCAAGAAGAUGCUCAAGCUGGCCCACCACAACCCCAUCAACUCCCACUACGACCCCGACCUCGUCACGCAGUACAGCUGCGUCUGCGUGCCCCCCCCGGACGGUAACAUGACGGGUCUCUACAUUGAAGAGUCUCCCUGGGCUAACGGCACGGGGCUUUACGAUGGAGAGUCUCCCUGGGGCAACAACACUGACCUGACGGUGAACACGACCUGGGCCUCCCUCACCAGGACGCAGUGUGGCACGUACGGCGGGCAGCUGGUGGGCUCGGCGUGUGGCUACGUGCCCGACAUCACCCUCAUGUCCUUCGUCCUGUUCCUGGGCACCUACACCUGCUCCAUGUGUCUGAAGCAGUUCAAGUUCAGCCGCUUCUUCCCCACCACCGUGAGGAAGCUUAUCAGUGAUUUUGCCAUCAUCCUGGCCAUUCUCAUCUUCUGCGGUGUGGAUGCCUUGGUCGGUGUCGACACUCCCAAGCUCAUAGUGCCAAGUGAAUUCAAGCCCACGAGUCCACACCGUGGCUGGUUUGUGCCUCCGUUCGGAGGCAACCCCUGGUGGGUGUGCCUCGCUGCGCUGCUGCCCGCCCUGCUGGUCACCAUCCUCGUGUUCAUGGACCAGCAGAUCACGGCCGUUAUCGUCAACAGGAAGGAGCACAAACUCAAGAAAGGAGCAGGCUACCACUUGGACCUGUUCUGGGUGGCCGUGCUGUUGAUCGUGUGUUCCUUCAUGGGCCUGCCGUGGUACGUGGCGGCGACGGUCAUCUCCAUCGCCCACAUCGACUCUCUGAAGAUGGAGACGCAGACGUCAGCUCCUGGGGAGCAGCCAAAGUUCCUGGGCGUCAGGGAGCAAAGGGGUCACCGGUAUCUUUGUCUUCAUUCUCACCGGCCUCUCGGUUUUCAUGGCUCCAAUCCUCAAGUUCAUUCCCAUGCCUGUGCUGUACGGCGUAUUCCUCUACAUGGGAGUGGCAUCUCUCAACGGUGUCCAGUUCAUGGACCGUUUGCAGUUGCUCCUGAUGCCUGCCAAGCACCAGCCUGACCUGAUCUACCUGCGCCACGUUCCCCAGCGGCGGAUCCACCUGUUCACCUUCAUCCAGGUGCUCUGCCUGGCCCUGCUCUGGAUCCUCAAGUCCACGGUGGCCGCCAUCAUCUUCCCUGUCAUGAUUUUAGCCUUGGUGGCUGUGAGGAAGGCCAUGGACUAUCUCUUCUCCCAGCACGACCUCGGCUACCUGGACGAUGUCAUCCCCGAGAAAGACAAGAAGAAGAAGGAGGACGAGAAGAAAAAGAAAAAGAAGAAAGGCAGCAUCGACAGUGAAAUAGAUUUUUCUGAGUACCCCUACCAUGAAAAUGUCCCCAGUAUAAAAAUCUCUAUGGACAUAAUGGAACAAGAGGCCAUGUUGGGAGAUAAGGCCUCUGACAGAGAUAAACCCUCAUCUUUCCUUGACCCACACUCGCAAUGCUGAGCGUUACUUUGAGACCCCGACCGUCACGAGUCUGGACAAAAAACCCUUCAAGAUAUCGGUGCCUCAGAUUAGAAUAGAUCUGGAGCCAGAAGAAAAUGGGUUCUGGAAGACUCAGAGCUCCGAAACAUCAAUGUAAACCAUCAUUUCCAUGAACCCAACUAGACCCAGAUCAACAAGCCCUGUCCGGCACAGAUCAUUUUCUCUCAUACUGCAGCACCCCCCCCCCCCCCCCUUCCAUCGUUCUUGUGUAAUGGUUUUAAAGUGAAUGCAUGAAAUGAUUUUCCCUAUGAAUGAGAGGAAAGGAGGGAAGUGACUCAGAUUGGUGUUAUGAAUGAUUCAUAAAACUUUCAUAUGCUAAUUGUGAACUUUAUACAUUCAUAAUCUACAAUGUCCCCCAUAUGACCAUAUGAUAUGUAUUAUAGAGAAAUACUUUAUAAAGAUAAAGAGCUGUGGAUUUUCAUAGGGGACCAGCCCUGCCCACACUGAAACACAUUUAGGUCAUAUUAAUUUUCAUGUGUCUCUGUCAAAUGCAUCAUUCAUUCUUAUUUUAUUCCAUACCCAGCUCACACAUGCAUUUUAAUAUUUGUGAAGAAUAUGCAAGAUGUUUAGCUAUUGUACCUAAAUUAUGAUUGACUGUGUUCUAUUUCCUACUAUGUGUGAAUCUGAAAGGCAACCUCUUUUCUAAUGUUUUUUUUAAUCAUUCCCACAAGUUGAAUGAAACAGGACUCUAACUACACUUUCCUGAAGUAGGGAUAUACAGAUGAAACCGUGUUUGUAGUUCUACCUCUUUAUAUGUAGGUGCCAGGUAUUAUGAGUAUGAUGAAGACAUACUAUGCAGUUACUUGUGAUCACUAAUGCUGAUUUAAUUAUUGAAAGGGCAUAGCAUAGGAUCUCAAGCUCUGUCACUCUCUUAAGUUGCUUCUGCUCUGUAACCAUUUCAUUUUUUGUAUUUGUAUUUUGAAGUGGAAAAUGCAAUAACGGUAAUGUAAGAGAUUUCGGUGUAAAAAUAUGUAUUUACUUAAGUUGUCUACUGAAGACUUUUGAAGUUUUCAGUGAACACAUUUUUAUCAUAUAUUUUUUAAUGAAGUGAUGAUUUAGUAGAACUGUUGUUUUUUAAGUGAUAUAAAUCAAUGAAUAAUCACUGUGAGUCAAUGCAAUGUUGAGAUGUACUCUUGUGUCUUGCAUUCCUGCAAGAAUGACUAGGCUGUCUUCUGUACUCUAUGCAAAGGGCUAGGAUGAUUAAAAACAGAAGAGAAAUGUACUUUAAACACUGCCAUUUUACAGAUAUACUGAAUUUGUAUUAUUCUUUUAAUCAUACAGCUUUAUUUUUGUUGGUUCAAUUAUAAAGACAAAUCUUUCAUCAGCACUGUUAAAAGAAAUUGACCAGUUGCAAUACUUAAAAAGGCUCAAGAUUAUUCAAAUGUAUAUUUGGUUUAUAUGGUUUCAAAAGGAUCAAAACUGUAAUAUGGCCAAAGAUAUUAUUCAUCUUAAUUAUAUAAGAGAUUACUCUACACAGGAGGCAAAAUAUGUACAUACGUCCAAAUGUGGUAUAAAACGAUGUAUGUCUUUGUUCUCUGUAACACAUAACUACAGGGGCACAUUAAAAUUCAAAACGCUAAUGUCAGGAAUAUGGUAUGAGCUGCAGUUUUUAGGUAAUUCCACAUCAAAAUUGUAGAAGUUGGAAGUUGGGAGUGGUGUGGAAGAUUGCGAGCAUGUAAAAGAGCACCCUUUUAGUUUGGCUGUUAAAAUGCAGCUGGCUUACACAGUAUUUGCAGGCCUAUUCUGGAGAAGUCUUCCACUUUGUUCCUGUUUUGGGACAUACUUGUGUGUAUGUUUCAUGUCUGUAUAUUUUGACUGUACUGGUUUUGUUAAUCAGAUUCAUUUCAUUCUCUUUGACUUUGACAUAAUUUAAUGCACCUGUAAAAAACAAAUAUAAACAAACUUGGUAAAUAUUCAACAAGCAUAUGUCAGAUAUGCAGGUGUUCAUAGAUCUUAUUUCUUGGUGGAGUAGCAGUCUUUGCAGUGAUACAAAAUUCUUAGCACUCCUAGACUUCUAGAAUGCUAUAUUAGAUAUAUAUAUUCUCUGAAAAUUAUAUGACACACAAAUGAUUUAUUUUUUCCAAUCAAGUAUACUGUAAACUAUGAAUUACAAUAAACAUAUUUGAAUUUUAAA